AUGAACCUUCAGGCUUUCGAGGGCGGUGCUUCUACCAGCGCAUACUCUUCACCUGCGCUUGCAAGCGUUUUCGACAUGAGCGGCAGUGCUUCCAGCUCGGCAACCAACAUGGGCACCGUCUCGCCGCAGGAUCUUCUCCUCCAGGAGCCGUUCAUGUCAGCGCCCAAUUCCACUGCGCUCACAGCUCUUACUUCGCCAUCCAUCUACAACGAGUCUCCCGAAUUUGGUGACACUUAUGACGUUUCGCCUAGCUUCGAAAGCGGCGACUUCGACAACGGUUCGACCGAUGCGUGGUUCCCUCUUUUCCCGCCGAACAAUGCUCAACUCGACGCGUCCCAGAAGCCUGCCACUACCGAGCAGUCUCCCGCCACCAAGUCAGAUGACCUGGAGUUAGCCUCGGCACUGGGACACCGCCGCAAGUCGUCCGGGACCUCGCCUCCGACCCGCCCGUCGUCAAUUGCGGGUGUUGGUUCGCGCCGCCGUGACAAGCCUCUGCCCCCUAUCAUUGUCUCGGAUCCGACGGACGUCACUGCCAUGAAGCGCGCCCGCAACACCCUCGCCGCUCGCAAGUCACGUGAGCGCAAGGCUUUGCGUCUGGAUGAGUUGGAGGAGAAGAUUGCGAAGCUGACGGCUGAGCGUGAUCAUUGGAAGAGCGUCGCGCUUGCGCACGGCGCGAAGGAGUAA